UAAAAAGAAAAAAAUUGAAUCUGUGUUUAAUGAACAUUAAACUACACUUAAUCAUUCCUUCAAUUUUGAUGAUGUUAGAAUUGUAGAAUUGGAAUCAAAUUAUAAAAAACGAUUAAUUUCUGAAAUGUUACGUAUUAAAUUUAACGAUUAUAUGAUCAAUAAAAAAGAAGAUUUACAAUUUCAUUUUUUAAUAAAGUGUCCUGGUGAUAGUGUCAAACCAAGACACUGAAAAGUUGCACAACAAAUAAUGAAAUAGUGUUUCAUUCAUUACUCUUCCGAUAAUCGAUUAAAAGAAUAUCAACAAUAAAACUUUAUGUUUAUUAUUUUUGUCAUCGUGCCUAUUUCAUUAGAUAUCAAAAAAUAUGCAAAUAAAAAAAUUAAGAAUGAGUACUCAUAAGAAUAAAGUUGUCAAUAAGAAACAAAGUGUUUAUGAAAUAAUUACAAUAAUUUAGCUUUAACUAUGCAUAGGUUUUUUGAUGAUUUUUUACAUAUUUUAAUAAAUGAUUUUCAGAUUUUUAACAUACUGGCAAUAAUUGUAGCAGGCUCUAAUUCAGUUUUCGCUGGUUUCUCAUCUGCAGCUCAUUCUUUUAUGCAUUUUCAUGGACCAGUUGUGGGUCCUGAUUUCGAAGUGAAAGUCCCAUAUUUUGCUCCUCAUAGUGAGCCUGAUUAUCUGCAUGGUGAACAUCAUCAUCAUCAUCACCACGAUCAUUAUUCUCAGGAUUACGUUGCACAUCCAAAAUAUGAAUUUUCUUAUGGUGUUCAAGAUCACCACACUGGUGAUUUUCAUGGGCAAAAGGAACACAGAGACGGAAACACUGUUCAUGGAGAAUACAGCGUGAUAGAACCAGGUGGUACAAUUCGUGUGGUGAGUUACCACGCGGAUAAAGAUGGAUUUCAUGCAGUGGUGCACACUUCUGGUAAAAACGAUCACUCCAGCGGUACUUAUGACAAACAUGGUCAAAAUCAUCAUUUUCAAGGUCUCCAUAGAGAUGAUCAUCAUGAAGACGGUCUGAAAAAUUAUGCCACAUAUCCAACUCAAGAAGGAUAUUUAUAACAUUUUUGUAUACCACAAAAUUUUUUAUUUUUAUUUAAAAACGACUUUGAACUGAAAAUUUUCUAGGGAACUAAUUCUCCUCCUUACAUCUGUGAAUUAAUAAUUUAAGGUUAUAUAUUUGUUUUACUUUUUAUGUCCUUAAAGAUCUCAACGUUCAAACGAUAAAAAUAUAUUUAUUUAUUUUUCAAAUUAAAAUUUUAU